CCAGGAAGAGACCAGAACUAGAUCAGAACUAGACCAGUCCAAAGACCAGACCAAGUCCAGACCCAAACCAAGAUCAUGAAGACUGUGGCUCCUCUGCUGGCUCUGAUCGGCAUCUUGCUAAUCUGCUCUUCAGAUGGCGUGACCCCUCCGAGGAUGUACAAAUGCUGCUCUGAAAUAUCGCAACAGGGCAUCCCAAUCAAUACUGUCGCCAGUGCCCAAUACACCUCCAAGAACUGCAGACUGCACGCCCUCAUAGUGAGCAACAAGAUGGGACGGAAGUUCUGCAUUGACCCACAGUCCCAGUGGGUCAGAAGAAACCAGCACACCCUCUCAAAAAUAAUGAACUCUUCUUAAAUCAUGUAGUGUGCUUUCUGAAAUCAUGUAGUGUGCUUUCUGAAAUCAUGUAGUGUGCUUUCUGAAAUGAACUGCAUUGUCAUUAAAUAAUAACAA